CUUUAUUAUUAGGAGAUCAAUGAAAACGUAUACACGAAGCUAAUCAAAUCGAUCCUUAAUUUUAGGAAGAUUCGAGGGAGGAUAUGAUGAUUGGAAUAUAAUUAAAACAAAUAACAAAGGCACGUGCAUUACGAUGAUGUAGUUAUGCGGGCAUUACAACAUGAUUAGGGCUGAUUUUUUGUUUAUAAAGAGGGUAUUACCAAGCUAGCCAACGUGCUCUAAAAUCUUCACCAUAAACCCUUGUGAAUAUCCAAUUCAACCGUCCAACUUCUCUCGUUUUUAGACUCGUCGUUCCAUAUGGCGAGGAAGAAACUCAAGACCGGCGGCAACGAUACGAACAUAGCCGAAGCAUCUCAUUGGAUAUUCCAUGAUGACAUAACCUCUGAAAUCCUGAAAAGGCUUCCCGCCAGAGAGUUAAUGCAAGUCAAAUGCGUCUGUAAAGAUUGGAUGCGUUUGAUACGGGAUCCCAAUUUCGCUGAAUCACAUAUGUCGCAUGCUCGGGCUCAGCCGAAAGCCUCUUAUAUUCUUUUUAUGAGCAAUACUGGGGCGUUCGCAGCAGAUCAUACACUAUCUUUUAAAAAUUCCCGCGUUCCUGCAAAUCCAGGUUUGUUUCGAACUCAUAUGCCUUGCUCCAACACCGCCUAUGGACUCAUCUGUUUCUGCAGCAGAGCUUCCCGUCCUGGAAGCCGCAACAGCAGCAACAUAGUUUACAACCUAUCCACAGGGGAGAAAAGAGAUUUGCCGCCACCGACAAUCCCCGCAGCUUUCAAAACAUAUGCACUCGGGUUCGAUCCAACGAUAAAAAGGUACAAAGUACUUCACUUUGGCCAAGAACGCUGUUGCCAAAUUUUGACCUUAGAGAGAAACUCAUCGUGGAGAACUCUGAUUGAUGAUGUACCAAGGUUCCAGUACGAGAGGGGCCGGUUCCAUUACGAGAGCGGGUACGGCCGGUACCCUAAAUUGGAUUCGAUUCAUGUUGACGGGAAAAUAUACUUCAUUGAAACCGGCUCAUACCAAAAUGACCCAAUAUCUAUCCGUUUCUUCGAUUUGACAAGUGAGAAAUUUGGGACGAUUGAAAGCCCUCCAUUAUUUUAUCCAUAUUACAAUACUCCCCGAUUAGCAGAGGCCGGAACAAAUUUGGGAUUUGUAUCCUGGCAGAUGGUUAGUGGAACCUUUCCAAAUUUUGAGUGCUCGUUUUGGGUCUUGGACCAAAAUUGGGCUUUAAAGGGUGCAUUUUCAAUGAGGUUUGAUAUGAUUUGGGGAUCAAUUGGUAAAAAUAAACUUGUACUGGGAAGAGAAGGGCUGUUUUUGUUCGAUAUCGAGGCUAGCACCCGUAAGAAGCUUAAGAAGGAGAGGGAUGAGUAUACACACGUAUUAUGCAAUCACAUAGAAAACAUUUUUCCUCUCUCAACUACCAAAUAGGGACAUAAUUAUAAUGGAUGUGGUGA